UGGAGCGGGGCGGCUGCCUCCGAGCCGGCCUGCGGGGACGUUCUGCGGGGCUCAGCUUUCCGGGCCGAGAGAAGCAGGCCCGGAGGCCGGGGCUGAGCAGCGCCGGCGGCCGGAGGAGGAGGCGGGAGCCCCGGGCCGCUAGCGGCUCCUCCCCCGGCGCCUCCGCUAUCUGGGUCAGACGCGAAGGCCACCACGCAGGACCUUGGGACCCGCAGGCUGCACAGGGUUCCGCUCACUCGGCCAUCCUCUCCUGGCAAGCCCGCUCGCCCGCUCUCCCGCGGGCUCCGGUUCCCUGGCUCCAGCCCCCAGAGACGCCUGAGCGACGAGUUCCGAAAUAAAAGCCCAGAAAUGCCCCAUUCCACAAACAAGGAGCUAAUCCUUGGCAUCAUGGCGGGGACUGCUGGGAUCAGCUUGCUGGCCUUCUGGUACCACAAGGUUCUCAAGCCAAGGACGACCAUGAACUUCCCUAAGCUUCUUUCUCUGGGUAAGAAAUUUGGUUCACUGACUCUGCCAGAGGAAGGCCACAGUGCACAAGGAGCAUCAGUGGUCUUUCAAAGGAGGCAACUCCAGAUCCUGGAAAAGCUAAACGAGCUACUGACCAACAUGGAAGAACUUAAGGAGGAAAUCAGGUUCCUUAAAGAGACAAUUCCAAAACUGGAGGAAUGUAUACAAGAUGAAUUUGGAGGGAAGGUAACGGUUCAUAAGAUCAGUCCUCAGCACAGAGCUAGAAAAAAGAAGGUGACAACAGUUCAACGUUCAGCAACAAGUAACAGUUCGGAGGAAGCAGAAAGUGAGGGGGGGUAUAUUACAGCUAACACUGACACAGAAGAACAGAAUUUCCCGUUCCCUAAGGCUCUUAACACACACAUAGAGGAACUAAAGUUGGAUGUCCUCCUUCAGAAGGUAGACCAUUUGCGGAUAAAUGAGUCUCACAAAAUGGAGAGUUUUGAGCUACUUUGUGACCACAAGGAAAAGUUUAGUGAAGAGAUAGAGUUUCUGUGGCGCCUGGCCCGAGCCUAUGGAGACAUGUAUGACCUAUCUACAAGUACACAAGAAAAGAAACAUUAUGCUAAUGUUGGAAAAACUUUAGGAGAGAGAGCCAUUACCAGAGCGCCCAUGAAUGGACACUGCCAUCUGUGGUAUGCAGUUUUGUGUGGUUAUGUAUCUGAGUUUGAGGGCUUGCAAAACAAAAUUAACUGUGGACAUCUGUUCAAGAAGCAUCUAGAAGUAGCCAUCCAGCUUUUGCCUGAAGAACCCUUAUUAUAUUACCUCAAGGGAAGAUAUUGUUAUACUGUCUCAAGACUCAGCUGGAUUGAGAAAAAAAUGGCUGCUACUCUGUUCGGAGAAACGCCAUCUUCAACGGUUCAUGAAGCUUUGCUCAACUUCCUUAAGACUGAAGAAUUGCAACCUGGUUAUUCUGUGUCCAACUAUUUGUAUGCAGCCAAGUGUUAUGUUGAUCUUGGGGAGUCUCAGGAGGCUUGGAAAUUCUGUAACUUGGCACUGCUACUGCCUAUUGUCACCAAAGAGGACAAGGAUGCACAUAAAGAGGUGAAGAAAAUAAUCGGUUCUUUGAAGAGGAAAUUCCAUACAACUUCUUCUGCAUGAAUGCUAAUUUCCUGCGGUUGCUUCCCUCACCACUCAAGAUACCUGACCUUGGAAAAAAAACAGAACAUGGUCACCAUGCGGGUGUUGAGGCCAGACUAACGGGACCCCUUCCACUUAAAGAUGAAGUACACAGAGUCUGACUUUUCGGGAGACCUCAUGUACAAUGCUGGACAAAGGGAGCUCUAAUCCAGAACUUGGAGUAUCUCCCGAAGAUACGAAUCGAGACUGUAUGUUACAAUUUCUCAAAACACAUGAGAGAAAUAAACACAGUGUUCUGACAUCUUAGUGCCUUUAUGUCCCUUAGUUUGUGUUGUUAGCUCUCCUGCAGGACACAUGGCCUUCACUGUAAUAAAAAUGGAGUCAUGUCAGCUGGGCCCCCACCCUAU